CGGGAGCUCGAGCUGGAGGCGAAGAGGGUAGGUGUAGAGCUGUGUGUGUAAUGAACGGUGAGUUGAAGGAGGGACUACCCGGCCCCGGUGAGUCGUCAGCCAACCUGAAGGAGGAGAUGGACACGGCUCAGCAGGACAACAGGGACGAGCAGGACGGCCACCACCCCAACGAGUACGGCGACAGGUACGACGAGAAGGAGCGGGGCGGCGCUGACCGAUACGACGAGCAGGAGAGGCGCGAUGACGACCGAGACCACGACACAGACAGGGGCACUGCGCGACGCAGGGAGGAAGAGGACAACCAAGACGGUUCGUUGGGAGGAACACACUGGGAGGAGAGGGAGGGAGAGGCCCGACGCACACGGAUGGAUGUCGUGCAUUCUUGUCGUGUCUCUGUGUGCUGUCGUUCUGUUGGGUCGGUGCGGUACGGUGCAGGGAACGUGUUGUAUGUGACGAACCUGCACACCCGUUGUGACCAGAGCCAGCUGAUCAAGGAGUUCGACCGUGACUUCAAGGACUCCAUCACCGACACGAGGGUCGUCCUCAACCCCGUCACCAGGUAAGUCACCCCACGAGACGACAGACAGCCACGGACAUGUAUGUUCGUGUGCAUGCCCUUGUUGUUGUGUGUUGUGUGUGUUGUGUUGUGUCAGGGAGUCUCGCGGUUUUGCGUUCAUAUCGUUCACGUCUCCCGCUGAGGCUGACCGAGCCAUGCGCCACAUGAACGGCGUCAAGAUCAUGGGUGCGUACGUACGGCAGACAGCCAGACAGACACGCGACUGACUGACUGACUGACGGGCCUCUGGGCGUGGCGUGUGAGUGGUGCACUCACUCACUGCGGUGUGUGUGUUCUCGUGUCUUGUGUUGUGGCCUGGCUGUGCUGUCUGUGUGCAGGCAAGGAGAUCAAGGUUGAGAUAGCCCGUCGUUCCCGCCCCUACGAGCGCACCCCAGGCACCUACAAGGGCCCUGCAUGUAACUAACUGACCAACACCAGCACCCACCACCCAACACCAGCAAUCAAUCACCCACAAGCCAGCAUCGAUCCAUGGAAAGGAGCUGACCCAUCUUGGCCCGCCGUGCCCUGUUGUCUGGCUGUGCAGCGGCGAGCAUCAAGUACGACCGUUACGGACGGAUCAAGCCCGAGUUCGCUGACUAUGAGGCGCGCAUCUCUGGCGGCGGGGGUGCCAGCGUGUUCCCCGCUCCACGGAUCAUCCAGCCGCCCCUCGAGGCAUACAGCUACAGCAGGGACAGGGGGUCAGCCACCCGCACGGACAGACAGACAGACAGAGGAGAGGCAGGGAUACUUCGGGUGGCUGGGUGUUGGUGGUGUGUGCUGCAGGUACGACCGCGGCUAUGACCGCGGCGGGCGGUACGACACCCGCCGCGACGACUACUGGGAGAGUGCACGAUACAGGGAGUACGACGACCGAGACAGAGAGUGAGCCACGUCACACCCGACACAGCACAACAACACAACACCACACAUCCCGACGCACAUGUGUCUGAGUUGUGUGCCUCCCUGGUUUGAUCCAUCUGUUAGUCGUGGUCGUUAUCGCGAGGAGGAUUACUAUCGUGGGGGCUACGACCGGGACCGCGUGAGCUCUCGCUACUACGAGUACGACGACCGCAGAUACUCAGGCGGAGCCGCCAGAUACGAUGAACGGUGCGCUUAACAAAGAAGGAUGCCAGAGACGGGCUGUUCAUGCUUCACCAUGUGUGUGUGUGUGUGAAUGUAUGUGUGUGUGCAGUGACUAUCGUCGUUAUGACGACCGAAUGAUGCGGGGCCGCGAGCGGUCCCGCUCACCCAGACGCUACUAAGCGCGGCCCAGCCCAGCCCCCGCGGCAGCUCGGCUUGCGGCCGAGCAGUGCAGCCAUGAAUCGAGUGAAGCCCCAGCUGCUUCCUCGUCCGUGUAGUGCGUGGUCUGUCUGCCUGCCUGCCUGCCACUUGCUGCGAUCCAUCCAUCCAUCCACCCCCACCCCC